AAGUUAGCUGAGAAAAGACAUAAGAAAGAAGAGGUUGAAGAGGAAAUUAGAGAAGAAGUAUAUGUUGAAGUUCAGGAUGUAAGAGAAAAUAGUGAGCUCAAUAGGGAAGAGGAAGAUAAGAAAGCAGUCAACUACAAAAAUAAAAGAAUAUUUGAACAUAAUCUUAUAGCACCUUUAAUGGAUGAUGUAUCAUCUGUUAUAAUAUUUGAAGAAAUAGUGCCUUCAGUAAAUGAAGUUUUAUCAGUUACAAAAGGAAAUAGAAGAUCGAUUAUAGUGAAUGAAUUUCUUUUAGAAAAAUGUAAUCAGUUGAAACUAAAUGAAGAAGAGAUAAGGAUAUAUCUAAAUAUUUCUACAGAGACAAAAUUUCUAAAUAUAAUAGCUAUAUUUGCUUUCGACAAUAGCACAAACCAUAAGGCAUAUGCAGAAGAUGCUCUUAACACUACUACAAUGAACCUAAAACCCAAUAGAAACCAACUAAUAAUGCGAUCAACAACUUUUGUAAAAGCUGAUGAAUAG